AAAAAAAAAAAAAACUGGGCCCUAGUAAGAUUCGAUUGCGUGAUGCGUGACCACAGGGAGCCCGGAAAAAGAUAAACAUGGCGGGCCUUCGUAAUAUUUUUUACCUUGUUCUUACAGCUUUCUCUACUCUCGUUUUAAUCAUCAUCGUACGGACUGUGAUGUUUUCUAACCAACCGAUAGCUGGUGUUCCUUGUAAGCCAAGCGAUUUAGAUUUUAUUCCUGCAGACGAUGCUGUCAAAAAGAGAUUUCAAACCGCUAUCACUUUCGAGACCGUUUCUUACGACGUUGGAAUCUACAGCCGUGAAGAACUUUACAAAUUUCUUCAGUUUAUUCUUAAAGAAUUUUCAGAUGUGUUUAGCCAUCCUCUAGUGGAGCAUAGAGUCAUUGCAAACUACAGUUUGCUUGUGUCUGUAAAAGGAAGUAAUACGUUCCUAAAGCCUUAUCUCAUUGCUAGUCACUUAGAUGUAGUGCCAGCUACCAAUGAAUCGUGGGAAGUACCCCCUUUUGAAGGGCAUAUCCAGGAUGGGUACUUCUGGGGUAGAGGAACAUUGGAUGUCAAAAAUGGUGUCAUGGGUUCUCUGGAAGCUCUUCAGUUUCUUCUCAAGCAGGGUCACCAACCACAACGUAGUUUUUUCUUAGCUUUUGGACAUGAUGAAGAAGUCCAAGGGAUUGAUGGAGCUCUGCAAAUCGCAACUUAUUUAAAAUCCCAAGGGGUGCAGUUGGAAUUUUUAAUUGACGAGGGAACCAUGAUUGUUAAGGAUGCUGUUCCAGGAAUGAGGAUACCAUUUGCUUUAAUUGGUGUGGCUGAGAAAGGCUACAUAAUGGCGGAACUUAGUGUGCAGACUUCAGCUGGACAUUCAUCAAUGCCGCCAAGAGAAAGUAGCAUUGGAAUUCUGUCAAGUGCUGUCACUAAAUUAGAGGCCUGUCCGAUGCCUGUUGUGUUCGAUUCCUCAGGCCCAGUGAGGGAAAUGUUUGAGAGUUUUGCUCCUCAGGUACCUGUUUAUCUCAGGAUUAUCGUGGCAAAUUUAUGGCUCUUCAGCCCACUUUUUGUCAGAAUCCUCGAGAUGAAACCUGCAACAAAUGCUUUCCUUCGCACUACAACCGCUGUCACUCAAUUCAACGCGGGCGUUAAGGCUAACGUAAUCCCUUCCUCUGCAAGAGUGACAGUAAAUCAUCGGGUACACCCAAGUAAUACCCUUGAAGAGGUUCUUGAGCAUGACCGACGAUGUAUUAACGAUGAUCGGGUCAAAAUUCGUGUGAUGAAUUCAGCCGAACCCUCGCCCGUAUCUAGCUGGGAUAAACGGUCGUUUGGUUUCCAGGUAUGUACUUGUCGGGAAGUUUUUUUCCGUAUUUAAGUUUCUCCCUGGCUUAUGAUCGCCAACACAGAUACAAAACACUAUCUGGACCUAACAGAUGCUGUGUACAGAUUCAUGCCGUCAGUUCUCACACCCGAGGACACAAAACGAAUCCACGGCUUCAACGAACGACUGGGAGUGAAGAAUUAUGAAAAGACCAUCAACUACUUUUAUCACUUGAUGCGAAAUGCUGAUGCUGCGAUGAUAGAAACAGAAAAGCCACAUAGUGAAUUGUGAGGGGAAGCUGGAAGCCGAACGAUGUUUGCAUAAGAUUUUGAAAUUUUCGAAUGGCACAAGUCAUCGGUGGUCAUUCCAAGUCUUGUGAAAACUGAAAGAUAACAUGCGACUGUUGAGUUCUUUUUUAAAAAAGCUUCAAAUUUCAUAAAGGCAGAUCUUAAACUGAUGGCAGACAAUGAAAGACUUUCCGAGAAAAAAAAAAA